GUACAGUCGUCCCUGCUUGGCUACCCCUCUUGCCACCUACCUCUAGCCCAGGUCAGGUCCUGAUCAACAACUUCCUGGCUCCCGCUCGACUAUUUGAGUGUUCUGACCGUAGCUCGACACCUUCAACAACCUCAAGACUGGACAUCGACAACAAACAUUUUCUUGACGAUAGAUACGCACGGAACCGACUCUCUCUUUCCACGACACAUAGACAUAUAGAUUUCUCCGCCACGUUUUUAUUUUCAUCAAAGCAUCGCUCGACUCCACAACUCUUAUCAACUCUGACGCGAAACCAUCGCACACUUCCUACGACACACUGACUCCUCUUGCCAAAACCCAUCUUUCACGAUGGCGCGAAAUCUCAUUCCCGAGCUGGAAAGGCUCAAAGAUGAAUCGGAGCAGGAUAACACUUGGCUUCGAAGACAGAAAUCUGACGUAGGAUUGUUGAAGAGUCCAUGGCGGAGUCCCGGUUGGAAGAAGGAGAAACCGUUCGACGGCGACAAGUCUGUGCCAGAGCUGACAAGGAAACUCUCCGAUACCGCCAUUUUUCAACGAAGAUCCCGAGCGACCGCUCCUACCCUCACCCUCGCUCAACUUACAUCGUCCGCCUGUUCCCCAGCCAUGCCCACGACCUACUCUCCAUCUCCAGUAGCCCGCCCCACUCGUGCCCGACCACCCGUCUCUUUCAACUUUGACCUCUCGGAUCGUCGAGGUUCUCUCGACUCGAGGACGCCGGACCGCAAUCGAACGCGAUGCCAGACCACGCCUCCUCGAUAUACCUCGACGUUUCUCGCCUCUCCUUUCCUCCCGACCUCACAGACCCCAGGUCAGGUCAGCGAUACAUGCCCUGCUCCGAGGCGGAAACGACCCGUCUCAAUCUCUCCAGUGGAUUCAGUCUUUCCGCUACCAAGACCCAUGUUGGGUCCUCGAGGCGUUUCAGAUCCGCUUUCGAACAGGUCUCGGCAGAUCUCGAUGGCCAUCCUCGAAGGGUCGGAUGAGAACGAGGAUGAGGAGAUUGAUACGCCGUCCAAGGUGAUCCAUCGGCGUUCACCUCCGUCAUCAAACCAUAGGACGAGGGUACAACAAUGGGUCGAGGCUUCGAGUUCGAGGGCCGAAAGGGUGGCCGCACAGAGUACGGGGGUCGACGGGUUGGUGGUGGUAGACGACGAGGACGUGGACAUGCACUGCGAUACCGACUCGAUGGCGAGUGGUUGCGGCGAGGUCAUCAAUACGAGAAUGCAGAACACGACGACACCUUUAGAGGAGCUUUCGUCCUCUACCGAUAGCAGCGGUAGCGUCAGCAUCAGCGUCCGACCCUCCCGGCCAACGAUCGUCAAGAAAAACAUCUUCGGCAACGGACGACCUCUACUGUUCCAUGUCGAUUCGACCGCAUCGGCUAGGACUACCAAUACAAUGAAUUCCAACGGGAGUGACGAUCUCCCUUCGCCUACACCUAGUCCAGGGCAUCACGGAGGACUUCGCGAGCUGAGACCUGUCAAGACCCCAGCUUUCAGAGCUCCCAGAUCGCCCUUGGCGACCAUGACCAACUUGCAGCAGCAGUCACGAUUCCUCCAGCCGAAUCGACCUGCCCACACGAGGGCAGUCACAAGCCCGCUGGUCAAGACUCAUUCCUGGUCGGAUGUGGAGCAGGACAAGUCGUUUGACAUGGACCACGCGGGGAAAGACGGAUUCGACCUGGACGAGCUGAACUUUGAGCUCGAAAGCGCCGAGGUCGACAUGGAGGCCGGGUAUCGUGGCGACUCUUUCUUCUAUCGAGCGCUCGCACUGGAAGAUCAGGAAGAUUCGGGUCUCGCUCUCGAUGCACACGAUCCGUCAUUGGUCAGCAUGUGGUUGCAAGACUCGCCGUCUUCGCGCAGGAAGGGCGCGAACGGUCUCAAGAAGAACGUAUCGUCGCCUGACCUUGCAGGGACGGUCUCGAAAAGGCCAUCUUCUCAACAUCAGGCCACCUCGCAGCUCCUCGAGGGCAAUCAUCGUGAUGCAGAGUCGCCCGACUUUUUUGGAUCCGACCGUAGGGACGGCCGAUCCCUCGGCGCUUCGUUGAAAGGCUCGCCGCUUUUCCAGAGAUCGAGUCCUGAAUCCCCUACACCAUCUGGACUUACAUCCCCUCCGCGCCGAUCGAACAUGCUCAGUGAUCUCGAUAUGCAGUCUUGUCGUCGAGGUUCGCUGGAUCUCGCACUGCGGGAAAGGACUAGCCUGCAAGAAGGCUCACUUAUGGAUCAACUAUUCCCCAAGGCACGACAAAACUCGUUCAACCGUCCCGGCCUUCCUAGACGUACUACCGCGCCAGCAGCCGCGGGUCGGGACGAGGAAAUGGUCUUUCCUCCCAUCGCGAUGAAGCUAUCGGCAGACAAGCGCAAGAGCUUGUUAUCGAACGCUUCCUCAGCUAGUCCCCGUGCUUCUCCAUCUCACUUGCCAGCAGCAACGCCUACUCAUGCCUUUGAAGGUGAAAAGCCGAGUCCGGCUGCUUUUAUGAGUACUGGCCUGGUCAAGAAGGGUAGCGGCUCUUUCAGAUUCGGUCGAAGGGAGCGGUCGACCACCAACGGGCCUCCUCUACCUUCGGCCGUCAAAAGGCGUCCAAUCAGCCUCUUCAUCGAUACACAAUGCAAAAUGCCCGAUACUCCUAUCAAACAAUCAACCCACGCGAUCACGACAAGCUUCAUGUCCAUGGAAAAGCCCAAGCUUCGCCCUCUUGUCCUCCCGCAUACCAGUCAAGAACAACACGGACCAGACGAUGCGCAGAACCAAAUGUCCAAAGCGGCACCUUCUGUCAGUGACGAGCAUCGACGCGGGAAAUUCAGCCAGAGGGGCUGGGGGCGAACGGAAACUUCAGAUAGUAUCGCUACAAUCGUACCGAAUGAUGGGACCAUCAAGACCAACUUGGCACAGUCGAGGGGACUGAGAAGGAAAGGAAGUGCUCUCUGGGCGAGGACUAACAGUGGCAAUUGGAGCAAUGGAUCCUGGUCCAAGCAGACCGCUCCCGGUAUCGACGAGGAGGAGCCGAUCACUCCAACGAGGCCGUUCGAGCAUGCAGUUACGCGGCUGGACUUUACUGGAGUCGACACCCCGUCGCCUCCCGCGCCUGUCCGUACUUAUCCCUUUGCAAAUGGCCACACGCAGAUGCAAUCCGUGCCGUCUCCGUCACCACCUCGUCGCAAGGGGACACUACUGCAACGUCUUCAAGGCAGCAAGCACAAGACUCUGCGACGCAUCUCGAACCCCCUUUUAUCUGCUGCUUACAAGCUGGGCGAGCAGCAAGCGCAGUUUGGCAAUCACAUGAAGAACUUGUCCAACGAUAGCUCGAAAGGCCCGAAACAAGGUCGAGCUUCGGUCGGUGGUUCUCUUCCGGGCACAACGCGAUUCGAAAAGGAUUUCGUCAUGCUUGAGCCCGUCGGUAACGGCGAGUUCAGCACCGUAUGGAAAGUGAAGGAGAAGAAGACGGGCAAAGUAUGGGCGGUGAAGCGUGGCAAGCCGUAUCUUGGCUUGAAAGACAGGAAACGGCAGCUUGAAGAGGUCAAGAUACUGGAAGCUCUCGCCCGCAAUCCCAACCCGCACGUCAUACAGUUUCACGAGGCCUGGGAGGAAAAAGAGCAACUUCACAUUCGGACCACACUGGCUGAAUGCGGAGAUCUGGCCUGCUACCUGACCAGUGUCGGUGAGACUGGCGGUUUAGACGAAGGAAGGUGUUGGAAACUGCUAUACGAACUCACUUCGGGGUUGAGACAUAUUCACUCGCUUGGCAUUCUCCACCUCGAUCUCAAGCCAGGUAACAUCCUCGUUACCGGUCAAGGCGGAUUGCAAAUCAGCGACUUUGGCCUUUCGGUCUUUCAGAAGGGGCAAGAUGGAAGCCCCGGCCGAAGCCCUAAGGCAGAGUCCCCGCGAGAAGGUGAUCGGGAGUAUCUCAGCCCGGAAGUGCUCCAUGGCGACUUUGGUACAGCAGCGGAUGUGUUCAGUCUCGGCAUCACCUUGCUCGAAGCCAGUUUCAACAUCACCCUUCCAUCCAAUGGGAUAGCUUGGCAAAAGCUGCGAUCCAACGACUUUAGCGAUUUGGAUGAACACUUGAACGGCUUUGCUCCUCAAUCCGGUUUUGCGGCAGCCGCCGACACUUCUAUACCUCUCUCGCCAUCGGGUACAUCUAUUUCCUCGGAAAGCUCCCUGUCAUCCCUCGAGAUCGACUUGGCACCCGCUCGAGGUCCAAGCCGAGAGCUGCUUGUUACUAUCAAGGGCAUGAUGCGCAGCGAUCCUAUCGACAGGUGGACACUCCAGGAUGUCUGGGAGUUCCCCGUCAUUCAGCGUCUCUUUGGCAUGAACUCGGCGGAACGGAGCACCACCCGCGUUUCGAUCGAAUCCGCCGCGCGCUCUAGCCUCGACGAAUGGGAGGACUGGCACCGCCAACGAGGACAUUUCAACAUGAAUCCCUCACCUGGAUCCGCUAGGAUCAGCGUCCCUAUCGUACAACUACGCCGUCAAGCUCCGGCUCCAGCUCUGGUUCCAGAAGGACCGGAUUUCCUCGACGAUCUCCUUAGAUGCUGGCAACGUAUUUACAUCUAGAAAGCGCCCUCGAGCGCUCGCGUCUCAUUACUUCCUGGACUUCUCACUCUGUUUUCAUAAUGAAUUGACAACCAACAUGUAGCCAAAUAGUCGACUUGUUUGCAGAGUAGCAAAAUCGUGUAACGAAACCGAAACGAAGUAGAAGACGAAAAAAAUAUGACAAUAGAGUAAGAGUAGGGU